UAAUGUGCAAUGGUGACUGCCAUUUUAAAUGGCAACGUUGUGGAAUUUGUGAUUUUCAAGCGCAUUCAGAUUGAUAAUGCGGUUAGUACCUAUUUUGAAAAUAAAAUAUGAAAUUCUGUUAAUUUCCUUUGGUGUCUAUAGAUAGAGUUGUAGCAGCAAUUGGCCGUGACGAUACGCUCAAGAUGAAGCUCUUUGAAUGUCCGGAUUGUAUAUGUUCAAUGUGAAAGCCAAUUACAUGACUGCAUUACUGUAGCAUUUAGUUCCACCGAUGACAAUUACUUAAUGGACUUCAGGUGGGAGUGGGUGGAGAUUGUAUUUGGAUCUGUUUUCUCUCUGGCCACCCCCUGAUAAUGUGUGUUUUAAUUGAAAUGCAAUCACCAGUGGGAAUUGGGUGCCCAUCACCUGCUGAUGGGCGGGUUUAUUGAUCAGUGUGUAGAGGAGUCCACCUUUACUUUACGUCGUGAAGAGUUCACGAGAAUUGUACCGUGGUGUCGCAGACGCAGUGGGAGAGAUCGUGAGGAGGUAGGAGAGGGUUGUGAGGAGGUGGGAGAGGUUUGUAAGUCGAGAGAGGAGGUUAGGAGAGAUGUUGAAGCUCCUGCUACUGCUGCUUGGCCUGCCGAGACUGGCCCUGAGCUUCUGCACUGAAGUCCCCACAGCCCAGCCCCCAUUUGAUUAUGCGGCCAGCGAAAUCCGACUUCGCCAGGCUCUUCAGAGGAACGGGCUGGAUCCUCUGGCGAUGCCACAGACUCCUUGCCAGCGCAAGGUCGACGGUUUUGAGGGAGUGCUAGAGCCCUUCUGCCUGCUCUACGCCAGGAGCAGCGAGGCCAGUGCCGGACUGUGGUCAGAGUGCACUCUCACCGUGCCGACCGACUACUGCCUGCUCGUCCACGUGUGCCUGGGCUGCCCGAGCGACGGCAGCUGCACGGCCGAGCACAACUCCUUCGUGGUGCUCACCCCGAUGGCCGGCACGGAUGAAUCCGGCGAGGCCGGCGACAGGCUCGGGAGGACGGCUGGCCCUGGUGGGCGGUGGGGAGAGCUGGGCGGACGUGUGGCCUUGGAGCUGUGUGCCCACCGCUGCUCCAGUGCGCUCUUCGCGAUGCCCACCAACCGUCUCCACGUGGCAUUCGUCCCCGAAUCGAUUCCCCCGGUGCACAGCUUCCACGCGCUGCACAGCUACGCGAAGGUGCGCUACCUCGCCGUGCCUAGCGCCAGGGCUGAUGCCGCCGCCGGUGACCACUACAUCCAGGAGUGGCUGGAGGCUGGCUGCGAUAAUGGAGCCAGCGGAAAGUUUCCGCCGAUGCCUCCUCACGGCAUUCCAGCGGAUGGAAACCAGGCUGUGAUCGGCGAGCGGUCGGCUAUGAGGCCUGCUCCGUCGCUGGCAGAGCGCAUCGUGCACCUGGGCGGAGGAUACCCCGUGUUCCGCCUGGUGGCGGAUGAUGACGAGGACGGGCGGCACCUCCUGGGCGAGCUCGUGCACUCGUACCUGCAGCACUGGCUGCCCUCACCCCUGCGCCUGCGGCUGCGCACGCGGUCCCUGCGUCUGAGCUACUCGAGGCAGAAGGGACACCGACCUCAUCCUCCUCCUGACGGUCGCGCAGUCAGGGAGGCUACGUCGCAGCCUCGCCGGCAUUGCGCACCCCAGUAUGCGGUUCCUCGGAUGGCUUAUCCCCUCGAGAGCUGUCAGUUUGAGUUGCAAGGCAAGUCCGGGCGUUUCUAUUCGCCCAACUUCCCAGACAGCUACCCAGAGCUGGUGUGGUGCAGCUGGAACCUCCAGGUCAGGGAGACUCAGAGCAUCGUGCUGAAAAUCUGCGGCUUCACUGGAGGAGACGAGUGUUGCCUGCACAGCGACCGGCUGAUCUUUGAGGAGUCUCCUCGACGAAACAUCAUGGCCAUGGUGCUGUCAUGCUGGGGCCACGACACGUACUACUACACCCCCAAGGGCUCUGGGCUAAGCGUACUGCUCGUGAGUGGCGACCGCCAGGCGCUCAAGUCUGCUGCUCCACGUCGCUUCUGGGGAGAGUACUUUGUUUUAGACGAGUGGGACACACUGGACUUGAGCAGGCUGAACUGCGGGGAGUCUGGUGAUAACUCAACAUUGAUAAACGUAAUUCAACAACCUGCUUCCGAUGCAGACAGUGACAGGAUGGUGUUACUAAGUUCUGAAAUGGAAGACUUUGUUAAUCAGACUCCCCUUGACAUUAAUUCCCUAACAAAUGAAUGGGAUUUGGAAGUUAAUGAAGACCGUGGCACUGAAGAAGGCAUCCAACAAGACAUUCCAUAUCAUGAUGUUCGUUAUUCUCCAUUCGAGCUGGCAAAUGAGACGCGUCACAAAACGGCUUUGGAAAUUGAGUUUGAGCAACGUUUAGUUCCACUGGGCUCCAAAGUUGAUGACGCCACCUCUGCUAUUUUACUUGAGAAAAAUGUUCCGUAUAUAUCCGAUGUAGAAGUACCCAAGCACAUUACUGCAUUGCCAGUUUUCAAAAAUCAAACUCGUUUGUCUAUGUCUGUGACUGUUAGAGAUCCGAGUGUAAAAUUCCACCAAACACAUAAUCAUGUUGAAUUCCUGUCACCUAAAUCAUCGGGUGUUAAUUUGAGGGCUGCAGAAGCUGUUAAUGAAACACCAGUGGCAGAUGCAAAUGCUCACACACCAGGCUUUUUAAAACCAAUGCUCCAAAACAAAUUACUGAGGCCUCCCAAUGUUAUUCAACAAACCCCAUCAUUUUUAACAAAAAACACACUUGCGUCAGUCUUACAAAUACAUUUAAUUUCACCCACUUCAGUAACAAUGGUUACAAAUUCUGAAAAAUCGGAGAGACGUGUACAUAAUUUUCCAAAUGCCUUUUCUGACAAGGUCCUUGAGGAUGAUGUAACUUCCAAUACCAAUGGUUCUUUGGGACUUGCGUUUGAGAUAGAGCCUUCGUUUGUCCAAUCUAAAGUGAUGUCCCAACAUUUUCUGCAGUUGAACAAAGUUUCAACACCGGCUCUGUCAGGCAGUAGUACCCAGAUUCUCCCAACAGAUUACCACGGGGUGAGCGUGGACGGAUAUCCACCUUCUCGCACAGCUAUUCGGAGUGAGUCUAGAGGAACUGCACAGGUGUUUGACAAUCUUUCACAGUCAUCGACACGCACUUCAUUACUUGGGAAAAUGAGUGAACUGGUCAAGGGGACAAAACGACGCGUGGCUUCGGGCAAACAAAUGACAAGGGCUUCUGCAGUGGCAUCUUUGAUAAAAUCUCAGCCGUUACUUGCGUUUCCUGUCGAGGCUUCUCUACGUGAACUCUCGCACAACGCUAUUAAAAAGAAAUCCAUUUUUAGCACGCAUGUCACACGUAUACAUAAAGGUAGGUAUUUGCAGGCAUCACGUACAAGGUGGUACAGUUUUCCCCUCGCAGGAACGUUUAACGUAUCAACAAAACCUUCCGUGACUGCGCAGGCUCGCAUAGUUGCCACCACGCAAUCUCGAAUCCAUUCCACUACAGUGACCACAUCUGCCACAGCAGAGAGAACAAUUUCGGAUGCAUCGGUUGCUUCAAACCGCUUGAGCAUCCUACCCGAGGCUGCCUCUCGCUCCCCACUGAUGUACAGCGCCCAAUUGUUCCCUGCCGACAAAUCUGAUGUUUCGUCACCAAAGCCGGUCAUUAGAGACUUUAUGCCAACAGAAAGCGUGGGAAUUUCUUCAAGCACUGUUACUGCAAACGGGACGAGUUCAUCCGAUGGGCCAUUUCCCACUGCAAAAAAUGAGGACAAACCCCAGUCACUGGACAUCGGCACAGGACCUUUCAGACCGCGAGAGUACACCUGGUUUGAGAUGUCCGUGGAUUCCAUGCUUCAAAAGAAGGCAAGGGAAGGGCUUGUUUUUGGCCGCAUUGUGAGGCUCCUCUCUUCACACCUCUCCCAGCUGAUGGAGAAAAACGCGAGUGAUUAUUAUGCAAGUAAUUUCCUGAGUGUUCUGCCAAGACAAGCAGGCUGGGUGGCGCAGGGCCUGCAGGUGCAAGCAAAGCUCCACGCCUUUUUCCGGCACCUGCCCCGCGCCAGCGCACGCCAGCUGCAGCGCUCGUUGCGCAAUCUGCCCGGCCAGCACGUGGAGUCCGUGGACGGGGCCCUGAGGCUCCAGCUCCUCUCCAUCGAUGUGACCGAUGUGGACGAGUGUGACGUGGGAGAGGACAUGUGUGACGCAAACGCAUUCUGCCACAACAUGGUGGGCUCCUACGUCUGCUUCUGUAAUGAAAACUACAUCAACCUCGACCCCGUGUGGAAAGGAACCCAGUGCCAAAGCGUUCUCGCUCAAGAGGCACCAGAGGUGGCGGCUCUGGUUUCCCCGCUGGCCAUGGCGCUGGGCUCUGCUGCCUGCAUCCUCGUGCUGCUGGUGCUCGUGGGGGUGGCCGCGAGUAGCGUCGCGGUGAGGGGGAGGAGGCGCCGUCGUCGCUUGCGCCUGGAGGCAAACGGCUUCAGCUGCACAAGCACGCCCGCCAUCUACUUCCACCGGCGCUGGGAAGACUGGGAUCCACCUCCUGCACCGACCCUGUCAAACGCAACACUCGUCUCUCAGCCCCUAGUGGGUCCUCCCAUGGUGAGCGUUUCCAGCAUCGGCGUUUCGGACAAUCUCGCGACACUCAACGGUGGUACGAGCACGGGAGGGCAGUGGCGUGCAUCCGCAUCGGCCGACGUUUAAGAUUGUGCAGAGCCGUCCACUUCGCCAACUCCCGAGUCUUAAAUCUCCCGACGCGUUAAGAUCAAAUGAGCUAACGUUGUGUGCCUGUUUUGAGUGUUGCUUUUUUUGUUUUGAAUGUAAUACGAUUCUUAUAGGAUGCAGUAAUGGGAUGCAAAUGUUUAAUUAUACUGCAUUAAUGUAACCGUGGCCCUUGAGCUUUAAUUGCAACAGCUGAUUUGAGGUAACAUUUAAGGAAUUUUGUUUAGCUUGCAAAGUUAUGCUUGCUAAAUGUGCAUGCGAUGGCUCGCACAGUCAAUGAACACCUUGUUUUAAACCAUGAAAUUAACAAAAUCGUAACCAUAAAGAAAAUGCAAGUAUUUACAAAUGUCGUCAUGGUAACCACAUCGUGACUUAAUGUACUCCAUGCCAUAUUUAAAAUUGCCACAUGGUUUGUUUUAAAUUCAAGGUUCAUGAUUCUCCCCUCCCCCCCCCAUAUGCUUCCCAGUUAAGGAGUUGGUACAUGUGGGUAUUUGUUUUCCGUUGGCCAGGGUAGUGUGCUUAGUGAUGCACAUUAACCUGCAUUUGUUACACUACUAUGCAUUAAAUUGAAAAGUACAUGGGUUCGUUUUACUUUUUUCUAUCAUGAUAAAUGCGAGCACUUUAUACAAAAAUAUGAUAAAGUACAUUAUUUCUACAGAAAUGAAAUCUGCAAAAUGGUAACAUUUUAACACCAUUUACACAUGCAAGUACAAAGUUUACAUUUGAAUUCCAUCUCAGGUCAUGGUUCGUAAUUGGCAAUAAUAUCACAAAGUGCUACGUGUAUUGUUUCCCAUAGUGCAUUGUUUUUUGGUUUGCUUCAGCCUGAAUUUCCACAUGGCUCAUCACAAGUUAAAUCCAUUUGCUAUUUAAUAGCUGUACACACUGCAUCUUAAAGUAACUCCAAGAAACUGCAGACCAAUUGGUGACUGGAUUAACUUCAUUUACAUAAACGUUAUUUUUUUCAACCUGGAGAUGCAUCCUGUACCAAAAACAGUAGGGAUGGGGUGUUCACUCAAGGUACAAUUGCUCAUGUCAGUGGUAGUGGAAAGAAUUAUUGACAAUUGGUUAAGUUUUCAUGGAAUCUCUGCAAAUGGAUAUCCAGUGACUGCUUCAAUAACCUUGGUAACUUCCACCAGCAUUCAACAAAGGUGCUUAAUUAGGGCUGUAUAGGCUCACACGUGUAUUUUAACAGGAGUGAAUGUGUAGCAGUCCAUACUGUUUAAAAAGUAGAAUUGCGAUGGUACAUGGAAAUAAAUGCUGGAAAAUAAAGUUUAUAAUUGUACAAUA